AACUUCAUCACGCUUCCUCAUACGUAACAGCGUGCAGCGGUUUCCAGCUUGGUUUACGGAUGCAACGGAGGCUCCUUGGUACUCAGACGGUAAACUGACGGAAGCGUUUUGCUGUGUCCGACUGGUCAGCGAGGCAGCAAACUGUAAACAUUCACCCUGUCAGAGAUGGCUCAGUGCUUCGAGACUGCCACCGUUAGCUCCGAUGUUAAUGGCGAGCCGAAGAAGGAGAGGAAAGUAGCUGUCAUCACCGGCAUCACCGGGCAGGAUGGUUCCUACCUGGCGGAGUUCCUGCUCGCUAAAGGCUAUGAGGUUCAUGGUAUUUUGCGGCGUUCCAGCUCCUUCAACACAGGUCGCAUUGAGCAUCUUUACCAGAAUCCACAGACGCAUACCGAGGGCAACUUGAAGUUGCAUUAUGGUGACCUGACUGACAGCACAUGUCUGGUGAAGAUCAUAAACCAGGUGAAGCCUACAGAGAUCUACAACCUGGGUGCUCAGAGUCACGUCAAGAUCUCCUUUGACUUGGCUGAGUACACAGCUAAUGUGGACGGCGUAGGCACGCUGCGCCUCCUGGAUGCCAUAAAGACGUGUGGUCUCACCAACAGUGUCAAAUUCUACCAGGCAUCCACUAGUGAGCUGUAUGGCAAAGUCCAGGAGAUCCCUCAGAAGGAGACCACUCCCUUUUACCCCCGCUCACCUUACGGAGCUGCUAAACUCUAUGCCUACUGGAUUGUGGUGAACUUCCGAGAGGCCUACAACAUGUUUGCUGUCAACGGGAUCCUCUUUAACCAUGAAAGUCCGAGGAGAGGUGCAAACUUUGUGACGCGUAAGAUCAGCCGUUCUGUGGCAAAGAUUCACCUUGGCCAACUGGAAUGCUUCAGCCUGGGCAACCUGGACUCCAAAAGGGACUGGGGCCAUGCCAACGACUACGUGGAGGCUAUGUGGCUGAUGCUGCAACAGGAGGAGCCCGAGGAUUUCAUCAUAGCAACAGGGGAGGUGCACAGUGUGAGGGAGUUUGUGGAGAGGGCCUUUAGACAUGUGGGAAAGACCAUUGUGUGGGAGGGAAAGGAUGAGAAGGAGGUUGGCCGUUGCCAGGAGACAGGGGUGGUACAUGUGAAGGUGGACCCAAAAUACUUCCGUCCCACUGAAGUGGACUACCUACAAGGUGACAGCACCAAAGCCUAUCAGAAGUUGGGUUGGAAGCCAAAGGUGACUUUUGAGGAUCUGGUGAAGGAGAUGGUGGAUGCAGACAUCGAGCUCAUGGAGAAAAAUCCAAAUGCCUGAGGCCAAAUGAGUCAGUCCUUAUAGGACGGGCAUGUUUCAGCACUCCUGUGUUCUGCCACUGAGACCCACAGUGGAAGACCCACGUUUCCUUUUUACUUGUAUGACUCUUCCAAAUGAAUUGAUUGUCUUGUUGCGGGUGUUCGAGUGAAUCACGGGUGAUGUUGUAUCUGGUGUCUGUUUUGAUUGAUUAAAUGCCUUUUACAUUUUAACACUGAUUAUUUGAUAUUUUUAUUACUGAGGGGUUUUUAUUGUUUGUUUGUUUUUUUCAUUGUUUUGGGACUGUCAAUGCUGAAAUCUUUUCCCCUGAAGUGUGACAUGGAAAAAGUUAUAAAUGAAUAGAAAUGAAUGGAGAUUUUUAUCUUUUAUUAAUAUGAGCAGGUGAUCCAUUUGGUACAAUAAAAAAGUCUUUAACAUCGUGUCUGUUUGUUUUCUCAUGAAACACAAUAAAUUCUAUACAAGGCCUUA